AUGACGACCGCGGGGAUGCAGAAUCCCUCCUGGCUUUUGUACGGUCCAGGCUCGGCCAAGAUUGUGGACCGGCCUGCUCCUACUCUCGAGAACGAACACGACGUCAUUGUCAGGAUCCGAUACGUGGGCGUUUGUGGCAGCGACGUGCACUUUUGGAAAGAGGGAGGAUUCCAGCGCAAAGUCAGCAAUGAGAAGCCCAUAGUCAUGGGCCAUGAAGCCUCUGGUACCAUUGACGCCAUCGGUUCCGGCGUGACAUCCGUCAAAGUCGGCGAUAACGUGGCAAUCGAGCCCGGAUUUCCGUGCCGGCGUUGCAAGAACUGCAAAGACGGGGUCUACAACCUCUGCUCGGACAUGCGGUUCGCCGCCGCCCCGCCGGACUCUCACGGCGCCUUGACAAAGUAUUUUGUCGUGCCGGAAGACUUUGUCUACAAAGUGCCCGACGAGGUGAGCCUCCAGGAGGCGGUCGUCGUCGAACCAACCGCCGUCGCCGUUCACGCGACGCGUCUGGCCGAGAUCAAGUAUGGCCAAGACGUCGUCGUGACGGGGUGUGGGACGAUUGGAUUGCUUUGCGCCGCCGUGGCCAAAGCGUUUGGUGCUCGGCGCGUCAUCCUGGUCGAUAUUGUGCAGCAAAAGCUGGAUUUUGCGCACACAUUCCUCGACUGCCAAACGUUUCUGGUAGAGCCCGGCACCACCAGUGAAGAGGUCGCCACGAAACUGCUAGACACAGUUGGCAUCGCCGGUGGCGUGGAUGUUGUCAUUGAAGCGUCGGGGGCACAGUCGUCCAUCCAGACGGGAAUCUUUCUGUUGAAAUCCGGCGGGAGCUAUGUCCAGGCGGGAUUGGGAAAAGCCAAACCUGAAGUUCCCAUGCUGGUGUUGUCCGAAAAGGAACUCAGAGUCAGGGGCUGCUUUCGAUACGCAUCGGGAGACUAUGAGUUGGCCUUGUCGCUGAUUGCGGAGGGCCGGGUAAAGCCAAAGGCCUUGUUAUCCAGUGUGACCCCGUUCGAGACAGCCACCUUGGCCUGGGACAAGACUGCAAGGGGUGAAGGAGUGAAGAACCUCAUCGAGGGCGUCAGGGAGUAG